GCGAGGAUUCCGGGAGAAGAGAGAGCGCAACCAAUCGGCUGGCGGGAAGGCGGGAGCGGGCAAGAAAGAGCCAAUUGGAGGAAGAGCUAGCCUCAGCGGUCGAGAGGAUUGCGGUUCUGCGGGGAAAGGCUGGGCUGAGUUAAAGCAUCUCCUGUCCCAUAAUGUCCCAGCCACGUGUCCUGCCUCAGAGUAAGGAAACCCUCCUCCAGUCCUUCAAUAAAAGACUGAAAGAUGACGUCAAGUCCAUCAUGGAUAACUUCACAGAAAUCAUCAAGACUGCAAAGAUCGAAGAAGAAACCCAGGUGUCUCGGGCAACCCAAGGCGAGCAAGACAACUAUGAGAUGCAUGUUAGAGCAGCAAACAUUGUCCGAGCUGGGGAGUCCCUCAUGAAGCUCGUCUCGGACCUGAAACAGUUCCUUAUCCUCAAUGACUUCCCCUCGGUCAAUGAAGCAAUCAACCAGCGGAACCAACAGUUGCGGGGCCUGCAGGAGGAGUGCGACAAGAAGCUGAUCGCGCUGCGGGACGAGAUCUCCAUUGACCUUUAUGAGCUGGAGGAAGAAUAUUACUCUUCCAGGUACAAGUAAAGCCAGGGGUGACCCGGGCUUGCCACGCCUCGGCCGGUCUCCUACCCUCAGGUUACAGCUGUCCUGGUAGAGUUCCUGAAGAGCCAGUGCUGAGGCAACUGAACCUGCUUCUGGAGGGUUCUGGUCCCAGCACAACUGGAUUCUCACUUUCUGCUUGCCGUUCAGCGCCUCCACUUAGGUGGCAAUCAUCCCAUGAACAUCGGCGCUUGCUCUGUGGAGAUGCAAGGUCAGAGCAUCUCCCCCGGUGGCAUCUCCAGGUUUUGCCAGCCAAAUAGCUUGGAUGUGGGAAGGCAGAAGAAUUCUAAAUAUCACUGGCCCUAUUGCUUCUGCCUCCAAACUUACCCUGUUAGUUCUCUUUGAGAUGUUUGGGGGGGGGGGGAGGUUCUUCCUUUCAUAGCCAGAAGAGAGACACUUAAUAUGAUGUAGAAUCGCAAGAAGCCUUCUAAAAUCAUUUUACCAACAAUGCCAGCUUCCAAAAUGGCGUAGUACAAGUGAACGACUUCUCUGCACUUUGAUGUUGCAUUGUAGCAUGGACAUUUUUAUUCUGUGUAUAAUUGUGUUUUUUUUAAAAAGCAAAAACCAUUUUUGAGCUGGUGAGGAACUGGAGAUUAAGAUGCUUUAAAAGAGUUACAAGUUGACAAGAUGCCUCAUUCAAAUGGGAUCUCUGCAGUCGGUCUGCCUUGCAGGUGCAUCAACAAAAGCUGCUUGACUUCAGGGAGUUUAUCUUUCUUUUUGCUAGGGAGCCUAUCCACAGGCUAGUCAUGUGUAAAACCAAGAAGUUCCUGAAAGAGCAGUCAGCUCUCUUCUAAUUGACAAAUGCCUGGUUGGUUCCUUGUUGCCAGAGACCAACAUGGUGGCAGCUGCUGUCAUGAACAGGGGAGCCUGGCUGGCCAAAUGCUUUUGCCUCUAAGGUUUCAGUUGACUUCUCCAUCUCAGGGGACAGCCAAAGUUUUUCUUAUCUGUUCAUAGAUAAAAUUGAACUUCUAGAGCUUUCUAUGAUCUGCCUUGUAUGCUUUUUUAACUAAUUAGGCAGCCAAGGUUUUGGAUUUUUUUUCUCCUUCGUGUUAUAAAUGAUGCUUGAGAAUAGAGCAUUUGAGUGGUUUAGACUUCACGAGGCUUUCGUAAUCUGCCAGGUGUUCCAUCUCCUGCCCCUUCUCCAAACAGAACUAGUUUCAAAGCUUUUCCUUUGGGCUAGGUCAAUUCUGCUCAUGUCAUAAUCUUUAUAACAUUAGUCUGAGAAAAUGGAUAGACUUUUGUCCUCUUGCAUGACGCCUAAUGAGGCUGUCAGUCAAUUCAGAUCUUGCAAAAGGAAGUGUUUCUUCACAUGAUGUGUUAAGUCUCUCUCUUAUGGAAUUCACGACGACUAUAAGAUGCGGUGAUGGCCAUUGACUAAAAUGGCUCUUUGAAAAAGAAGAUGUAUUCAUGGCAACUUAGAACUGUUUGAGAGUAAUGGUACCUAAAUGGGCCUCCAUGUUCAGCAGCAGUGUACCUGCAGAGAUCAUGAGCUAAGGAAGAACAGCAGAGGGUGGUAACUACCUUCAGGCUUAGCUUCUUGAUUUUACCGAGGCUGGCCACUCUGGGAGGCAGACUGUUGGACAAGAAGAGGUCUUGGUCCAAUCCAUUGAGCCUCCUCUGUACCCUUUAUACCAGAGAUCUUCCCUGCACUCUGCAGCACAGCCUCUUCUCUGUGGGCCCUUCGGUUUAGCGUGGAUUGCCUUUUCCCUCCUGUGCUCUUCUGGCUUCAAGUUUAAAACGACAUUUUGUGGGAGGUGCACCAAAGAAAUAAAUUCUUGCCUGCUAUGCCCAAGCCAAGCCACAGAGCUGGAUGGAAGUGCGAGCUCCUGCAGCCAGUUGAUGGGAAGAGACUGCAGCAGGCAGAGUCCUGCUCCAUUGACCAGGCCAGAGAGGGAGGUCAGGCUUCUGGUAUUAGAGCCAGGGGAAGCCAGAGGCCCUGUACUGCCCUGUGAUUGGGGGGCGGGGGAGAUUGCAUGCUGCUGUCCCCUUUCGUUGUUGGAGCCCAGUUGUUCUCACUGUCCCACUUCCCUCGCUGAGUUGAGGUUGCUGCCUCAGAUCCCCAGGCCCCCAGUGCCUAGAAUUACAUGCUACAUCUCAAACUCCAGAUUUCAAGCGUAAUUUUUUUCUGUGUGGCCUUCCAUGGUGGCUAGAGUAGUGGACUUCCAGUGUAGAUGAGUUAAGAUAUUAUGCAAUAUUUUAAAUAUUUUACCUUUAAGCAUUGAGUUAUGAUUUUAUAUUUAUGCAUACGUAUAGCUAAUAUAUACACAGCAUCUAUUUAUACCUAAAAUCUCCGCAAGCUUUAUUAUCUUUAUUAUAAAUAAAAUAGCUGUGAGGAAAACCA